CGACUCUAAAACGGCAGUUAUGAAAAUGUCCACACGAUGGCGACAAAUACAUCACACAGCGAAGCGCACGGUUUCACCAUGAAGAGUUAAAAGAGAAGCGACGAUUUGGACGCAGUAGUAAGAGUGUGGAUACUCGACAUGGUGGACUUCGGGGGCACAUUUCUCUCGGCUUCACUGACAACUUGACGUCAAGAGUGUCUGUGUGUAUAGGUGUGAGCGACACUCUCUCCCGGCAUGGGGACGAAGCACACUUCUUUCGGGUCGCCUGGGGACUUUCGACGACAUGCGUCAUAAUUUUUUUUAAAAUCAAAUCAAAAACUCACAGCAUGGAGUCUUCAACUAACAGCCUGGAUGACGCGUCGGCGGACGGCAGCGCCGAAUCGACCGAGCGGGCGUCGCUGAUGGAGACGCGUCUUCAGGCGCAGGAGGACGAGAUCACGCUGCUCAAGGCCUCGCUGGCGGACGCCUUGCGCCGCAUCCGCCUCCACGAUCGGCUUCUCCCCGUACUCAAGCAGCAGCUGGUCGCAGUGAACCCCGCUGCCGCCAGACUGAUCAACCAAGUCUGCUGCCACGAGGGCGAGACGCUUUCUCCCAGCCUCGGCGUCGAGGAUGGACUUCUUUUGUGCGGUGGCAGCCAAUCAUCAGGAAACAUUUCGGGCAGGAUCAACGGCCACACGGCAGGUUCGCCGCCCGCCGAACCGAGACCGAGGACGGCGGAUCGGGCCACCCAGACGGAGCCGAGCGAGGGUGCCCGCUAUCCCGAGCCAAACGCGGCGCAGGGCAGGGCGGCUUUAUCGGAGGCCGCCCUCCCCCAGCGGGCCAAACUGCACCGCGCCCCCACCGUGGAGGACGAGGACGACGAUGAGGACCUGGAAGAUGACGACGAAGAAGCGGCGGAGCGGGACAAGGAGCUGAGUUUUAUGCCGGCGGUUGAGGAGCCCCCACAGGCGAGCGUCGUCGUCGGCCUCCGGGAAGGAAGCCGCUCCCCGGAAGAGGCCGACGAUAAGACCCUCGGUCCUUCGUCAAGCGCUCCGUCCCCCGUCCGGCAAGAACCGCUGAAACCGCUAAUUCGAAGGAACAGCGAGAAACUGGCCAAUGUGAAGAGGCAGCUCAAGCGCCUGGACAAAAAAGCGGCGUCCUCGGCCAACCUCCUCACCCGCUCGCCAAGCUUAGAGAACCGUGCCAAGGAGCUUCUUGCCAGCGCAGGAUCCAGGAGAGCAACUUACAAUCAAGGCCAGUCUAUCAAAAUGUUCAUCCGCGGCCGGCCAAUCACCAUGUACAUCCCCUCCAACAUUCAAAACUAUGAAGACCUGAAAAUGGAGCCGCCCUCUGAGAGGCUGGACCUGGACUGGGUCUACGGCUACCGAGGGCGAGACUGUCGGGCCAACUUGUACUUCCUGCCGACGGGCGAGGCGCUCUACUUCAUUGCCUGUGUGGUGGUCCUCUACCACAUCAACAAGCGCACGCAGCGCCACUACCGCAGACACACGGAUUGCGUUCGCUGUCUCGCGCUGCAUCCUGACAAAGUGCGAAUUGCAUCGGGCCAAACUUCAGGCGUGGACAAAGAUGGCAAGCCCCUGCAGUCUUGCGUUCAUAUUUGGGACUCCGCCACUUUGGUCACCCUGCAGCAGAUCGGACUCGGAACUUUCCAAAGAGGAGUGGCAUCUGUUGCUUUUUCCACUAUGGACUCCGGCCUGUUCCUGUGUGUGAUUGAUGAUUCCAACGAGCACAUGUUGUCAGUGUGGGACUGCGCCAGAGGGAGCAAGCAAGCCGAGGUCAAGACCACCAAUGAGACGGUGUUAGCUGUUGACUUCCACCCCGGCGACAGCGGCAACAUCAUCACCUGCGGCAAAUCCCACGUCUACUUCUGGACUCUGAACGCGGGGCAGUUCACCAAAAAACAAGGCAUCUUUGGAAAAUACAAGAAGCCCAAGUAUAUCCAGUGCUUUGUGUUCAGCCUGACUGGUGAAGUUUUAACGGGGGAUUCGGAGGGGAACAUCCUGACAUGGGGAAAGUCUGCCGCAGAUAUCAGAACGCUUGGCAAAGGAGCCAAAGAGACCUUCCAGAUCAUGCGACAGACCAGAGCGCACGAGGGCAGCGUGUUCACCCUGUGUGCGCUGCAGGGAGGCGCCCUGCUCAGUGGGGGAAGCAAAGACCGCAAGAUCAUCCGCUGGAGUGCCGACUUGGCUCCCGAGCACGAGUGUGAGAUUCCCGAAAAAUUUGGGGCAGUCCGCACCGUUGCUGAUAUCGACGGAGAGGAACUAUUAGUCGGAACGACGAGGAACGCCAUCCUGAGGGGCGCCUUCUCCACCGGCUUUGUGGCCAUCGUGCAAGGUCACGUGGACGAGAUGUGGGGGCUGGCGACGCACCCGUCCGCCAACAACUUCCUCUCGUGCGGCCACGACAGGCAGGUGUGCUUAUGGGACACCGAGGAACACGCGCUGCAAUGGAGCGUCACCCUGGAGGAGUACGGCUUGUGUGCGGAUUUUUGCCCAAAUGGAUCGGUGGUUUCGGUCGGGCUCAGCACAGGAAGAUGGGUGGUCCUGGACCUUCUGACCGCCGAGGUCAUCUUCGAGUCCGUCGACGGGAACGAGCAGCAUUCCGUCAUGAGAUACUCUCCAGACGGCAGUUGUCUGGCGGUGGGCUCCCACGACAACUUCAUCUACAUCUAUAACGUGACUGAAAAUGGACGGCGUUACGCCCGUUUUGGGAGAUGCAACGGUCACUCCAGUUUCAUAACCCACUUGGAUUGGUCCAAAGAUGGGAAGUAUAUUAUGUCCAAUUCAGGCGACUACGAAAUUCUCUAUUGGGACAUUGCUGCAGGCUGCAAACUGUUGAGGAAUCGCUUUGAGAGCAAAGACCGGGAGUGGGCGUCCUACACCUGCGUGCUCGGCUUCCACGUCAUGGGCGUGUGGCUUGAGGGCUCGGACGGCACGGACAUCAACGCGCUGUGUCGCUCCCACGGCGAGAGCAUGGUGGCUGUGGCGGACGACUUCUGCAAAGUGCAUCUCUUCCAGUACCCGUGUCCCAAACUCAAGGCGCCGAGCCACAAGUACGAGGGCCACGGCAGCCACGUCACCAACGUGCGCUUCACCCACAGCGACUCCCACCUGCUCUCCAUGGGCGGCAAGGACACGUGUAUCCUCCAGUGGCGGGUGGUCCGAGGUGGCGCCGGCAACUCUCCGGAACCCGUUCUCGCCAGCCAGUAGGUGGCGAAGGCAAAGAAUAAAUAAAUAGAUAUAUGUCGACAUAAUACUGUACAUGGACAGGUGACAGACUUUCCGGGACGACAUUGGAGUUUGUCUUCCAGGUGCAAAAAUGUGACUUUGUUGCUGUGAUAUUCAGAGAACAUUCCGGUGUUUGUCGUUGUUUUUUUUUUGUUCUGUUUUUUUGUGGUGUAUGACACUGAAAAUAGCCUUGAAAGACCACGGCACCUUGAUUUACAAAUUCACUUUAUUUUGUGACCAACCUUCAAUUUACAGCAAAUCGGUUUCCCCCAUUGAAAUUUUGUGAAAUGCCAAUAAUCCGUUCCAGCAAAAAUAAAUAAAUAGCACUGUGUUGUCAAAUAGGAUCAGAUGGCGUGAUUAAGUCCGAUAGAUUGGUAUAAAAUUUUAAUGCCUGAUUCAGAUAUUUGGCAGAAAAAAAUUCAGAUAACCGAUUAAUUGGUCAAUGACUUAAAUAAAUAUUUAAGGAGUAAAAUAACUCGGAUACCUGUAUUUUACUUUGGACUUUGGUGUUUGUUUACACUUACAAAAGGGAGAAAAAUCUGCUGUUUCUUGUUUGUUUGUCUGUUGGUUUUUUUUGGGGGGGGGGGUGGACAUCAGUAUGUUUGUCUUAUGUUGUAAUGUGUUAAAUUGUUUAAAAAAAGGACCAAUUGUGAAAGAGCAAAUAUUAAUCACUCAUUUGGGCCCUACCUGUGAGUGCUUUCAUUUUAAUCUGUGUGUUUGACAGUUCAGCCUGUUCUGUAGACAAACGAAAAUUGCAUCAGCAACUGUUUUUUUUUUUUUUUAACUCAGAAGUUGAGGUACUUGUAUUUCAAGGUACCACUGUAUUUGGAAACUUGGAAAUUCCUCGACCGGCUUUGUACCAGCGGCUCUCAAACUGGGGGGUGAGGGAGCCUGAGUGCCCGCUAAAUAUUUGACAAUAACUUUAACUUGUACCCUUGAAAAAAAAAAAGCCAUCACGCCAAUAAA